AUGGAAGAGCAGUACGCCGCCCUUGCAUCCAAAAUAACUUCUCUCGCUACAUCGCACCAGAAGCCCCGGUACCUCGUCGCAGUCGCUGGCGCGCCGGGCUCCGGCAAGACAACGCUCGCAACUGCAGUGGCGGCACAGAUAAACCGAUCUGGACUACUCUCACACAAAAGCACAAAUCAAAGCGAUGACAAUAGUCAGACAAAUGAGAUAGCGAAGAGAGCUCUUGUCCUCUCCAUGGACGGCUUCCACCUCCCACGCUCAGAACUCGACACCCUCCCCAACAAAGAGAGAACCGAGGCGUAUGUCCGGCGCGGUGCGCCGUGGACAUUUGAUAUUCCUGCCUUUCUGGAGUUUAUGAGGACUUUACGAUUAUGGGCGGACUCGGGCUCGCCAUCGUCGUCGUCAGAGGAGACAGCAGGAGUAUUGUACGCGCCAACAUUCUCGCACAGCACAAAGGAUCCGAUACCGAACUCCAUUGUCAUCGACCACACAACAAGCAUCGUAAUCAUAGAAGGGAACUACCUUCUCCUCGAUAAGCCGCAGUGGCGCGAUAUCGCGCCACUCGUGGACUACCGAGUGUUUGUGGAUGUGGAUUUAGCUGAGGCGAGGGAGAGACUAGCGCAGAGGCAUGUUGAGGCAGGAAUUGAGCAGACUCUAGAAGAGGGUUUUCUAAGAGUCGAUCGGAAUGAUGCAAUUAAUGGGGCUCUGGUAAAGGGGCACGUCGUGGAUGGGGUGGACAUAGUCUUGCGCAAAAAGGAAACAAACCCAUCUUUCGUCCUCCGCGCAGUCAAAGACGUCGCCUUCGAGGACAGAGUUAUUCCCCCUCUAAAAGACCCCUGGGAUGUGCGCGUCCAAGUUGCUCAGACAGGGAUAUGCGGCAGCGAUGUGCAUUAUUGGCAGAGGGGGAGGAUUGGAGACUUUAUCCUCGAGUCACCUAUCGUCCUCGGCCAUGAGAGCUCCGGGAUCGUGACGGAGAUUGGAUCAGCGGUCAAAAACCUCAAAGUCGGACAAAAGGUUGCUAUUGAACCAGGGGUUCCUUGUAGACAUUGCGACUACUGUCGCUCAGGAUCGUACAACCUCUGCCCAGACACCGUCUUCGCCGCGACGCCACCCCACGAUGGGACGCUGCAAAAGUACUAUAUCACCCAGGCAGACUACUGCUACCCGUUGCCCUACCACAUGGGCCUCGAAGAAGGCGCUAUGGUGGAACCAGUCGCAGUGGCUGUACAGAUAACCAAAGUGGGCAAUGUCCGGCCGAACCAGACGGUCGUUGUAUUUGGGUGCGGGCCUAUCGGGCUACUCUGCCAGGCUGUGUCCAAGGCGUACGCAUGCAAGAAGGUCAUAGGGGUGGAUAUCAGUCAAUCAAGGCUAGACUUUGCACAGGCGUUCGGCGCAGAUGGGGUCUUUCUCCCUCCUCCCAGGCCAGAGGGCGUUGAGGAGACGGCAUGGAGCGAGAAAGUGGCGGCGCUGAUCAAGGAGAAGUUCGGGCUGGGCGAGGGCCCGGAUGUCGUCCUGGAGGCGACCGGUGCGCAGAGCUGUAUCCAGACCGGGGUGCAUUUGGUCAAGAAAGGAGGCACGUAUGUGCAGGCAGGGAUGGGCAAGGAGAACGUCGUCUUCCCCAUCACGACAGCCUGCAUCCGGGACCUGACGAUCCGGGGCUCGAUCCGGUACAGCACGGGGUGCUACCCAGUUGCCGUGGACUUGAUCGCCAGUGGCAAGAUUGACGUUCGAGCAGGCGGAGGAGGCCUUUGA